UGUUUUGUGUCCUUGGUGGACAAAAAGGGAGUGGAAGGAGGGGAACGCUCCUACAACUUUGAUCCCAUUGAUGUGUCGCAGGAGGCUAUGCAGCUGAAACCCAAACCCGGUUACAUGUCAGACUUUGUGAACUAUUCUAAGCGGCAGUUGCUGACGCUGAGAAGAGCCCUGCAUAUGCGCUUCAAUAAGAACUCACGAUCGGAACCCAAAGCUGACGUGCGUUUUUUGCACUCUGCAUCGCAGCCCAACAUGGUGGUGGAUUUGGAUGAACUCGCGGCUUUUCUUCGAACUCCUACAGGGAUGUUGAAUGACUGGUUGAGAUGGGGAUUUAGUGUGAAGGUGGAUCGCUAGGAGCUGUACUGACCUUGGGGGACAGAGCAGAAUUCCUGAAGGGACACAUGGUUUGGAGUGACAAGGCCAUCUGCUGUAGCGCCAGCACUACGAGGAAGGUGGAGGGGGUGCUGAAAAUUCCUUUGGCUUGGGGUGUGGAGGGAGUAGAUAUUCUGGGAUAUCACUGCUUGCACUCCGCUAUAGGAAACGUGUUUCUUUGGCGUUUUUCACUCGCAAAUGUGAGGAAGAUCUUUUCAUGCUGAGAGGGAUCAGGGGGUGAAAUGUGGAAGAUAUUUCCCCGGACCUCCUCCUUACCACGAAGCCGCUGGUGAUAAUGUUCUCGGUGUGUCGCCGCUGGGCUCCGUCGGAUCCGGUUUCCUUCCAGUGCCGCCGGAGCUGAGAGCCCUGGAUGUACUCGGCCUGCUGGCAGCGGCCUCCCGGGGGGAUCGUCUUCAAGGGGUCUUCUUCUGUCAUUUGCAUGGCCGAGAUCUGUUUUCCCGCCGCUCCGCUGAAGUCGCAUGGCCUAAAACGCGAAUGAAUAUUUUUAUGAGGCGCCUCGCAGCAGAGAUGGGCCAGGACCAAACCAAGCAGCAGAUCGAGAAGGGCCUGAGGUUGUACCAGUCCAAUCAGACGGAUAAAGCUCUGCAGGUGUGGACUAAAGUGUUGGAGAAGACCUCGGACCCCGGAGGGAAGUUUCGCGUUUUGGGAUGCUUGAUCACAGCUCACUCAGAAAUGGGGAAAUAUAAAGAUAUGCUCAAGUACGCCUUGGAUCAAAUUGACACGGCCCGAGAAAUGGAGGAUCCGGACUACCUGACCGAGGGCUACCUGAACCUGGCGCGCAGCAACGAGAAGCUCUGCGACUUCCACAAAACGGUGUCCUACUGCAAGACCUGCCUGAACAUGCAAGGCACCACCGUCAGCUUGCAGCUCAACGGCCAGGUGUGCCUCAGCAUGGGCAACGCCUACCUGGGCCUCAGCCUCUUCCAGCAAGCGCUGCAGAGCUACGAGAAGGCGCUGCGCUACGCACACAACAACGACGACAAGAUGCUGGAGUGCAGGGUCUGCUGCAGCCUGGGGAACAUCUACAUCCACCUCAAGGACUACGAGAAAGCUCUGUUUUUCCCCUGCAAAGCGGCCGAGCUGGUCAACGACUACGGCAAAGGUUGGAGCUUGAAGUAUCGCGCCAUGAGCCAGUACCACAUGUCGGUGGCCUACAGGAAGCUGGAGCGCCUGCCGGACGCCAUGGAAUGCUGCGAGGAGUCUAUGAAAAUUGCUUUGCAACAUGGCGACCGUCCUCUGCAGGCCUUGUGCUUGCUAAACUUUGCAGACAUACAUCGCUGCAGGCAGGACUUUGAUAAAGCGUUCCCUCGUUACGAGUCGGCAUUGGGCAUCAUGAUGGAGAUUGGGAAUCGUUUUGGACAAGGCCACGUGCACCUGGCUGUGGCAAAGUGUUGGCUUCUGCUGAAGGAGUAUGAUAAGGCUCUGGAGUCCUUAGAGCGAGCGCAAGCGCUGGCAGACGGAAUGGGAAACAAGCUGUGCAUGCUGAAAGCCCACUGCCUGAGGGAGGGCAUCUACAGGAGCCAGGGGAGGCAAGAAGAGCUGCGCGAGCAGGUGGUGAAGUUCCUGCAGUGCGUGGAGGAGCUGGAGCUCUACUGCGGCAUGUGCGGCGAGUCCAUCGGGGACAGGGACCAAAAGCUGCAGGCCUUACCCUGUUCCCACAUUUUCCACCUCAAGUGUCUGCAGACUAACGGGACUAAAGGUUGUCCCAAGUGUUUCAAGAACUCCAUGAAGCCUGGAUUUGUGUGAUUGUGCCGGCGUGUUUGUGUCCACGGAAGUCCAAACACAGCACGUUGAUGCCUCACAGGGUGCAUGAGCAGCCUCGGGUGAGUGAAGUGUUUGAGGAGGGUCUGACCUGUGACCAUGUGCGAGAAGGAUGCUGAACUGAAGUGGGCGUCCUCAAUCGGAGGUAUCUUCUUUACUGACCUCAGUCUGGAGUGACUGAGGAGGACAGUGGAGGUCCAAGUGCCAUUUACAAGCCGGAAUAGUCCCAAUCUGUCUGUAGAGAGGAGCAUGGACCCUAUUCAGCACAUUUUCAACUUUAUCCUGUGCAUUAUAAUGAGGACUUAUUUGUUAUUUACACUUAUUUAUGCAUCAGGUUUUUCAGACACAUCUGAAAUCCAUCCAUCUUUUUUUUUCUUGUACAUACAUCAUGUAUUGCAAAAACUUAACCAGACUCUCAAGUUUUUACUCAACAUGUACACGCAGCUGUUUUCUCCUCCUUUUUUUUUUUUUUUUUUUUUAAACUGAGAUCAAGGAGCCGAAUGGACACCCGCAUGUUCUUCAAAAAAAUUCCUUGCUUUCUUUUCUAAAUGUCGACGAGGAAAACUACUGGUUGGUUUAACGCGGGUUUGUCAUGUUUAUAGUCAUAUGUAAAUAGUUAUCACUUGAUCUGAGACAGUGAAAGAGAGUCCUGAGCUUUCGGAGAACGGAAGACUGUGCAUGUCAAUGUUGUUGCAUGUUUUAUUGACUAUAAAGCAGCAAGCAACCACAGUGAAAAAUCACACUCUCUGUAGUUGUGCGUUUAUGUUAGCAUUUGCAUUGAAUUACAUUAUUUAGAUUUAUGUUUUUCUGCACAGUGGUACCCCAAUUUAAGAGAGUUUUAAAAUAAUAAUCUCUCGGCUAAUUGUUAUGCUUUUAAUUGCGAGCAAAAAAUUCAGUUACAAGCCUCAUGGUCAUUAGCUGAUAUAACAAAAGCCACAGUGAAUGCCGUCAGAUCGGCCCAAAACAUCUGAAAUUACUCACGAGCAAGAGAUCGACAUAACUUUGUUUUGCAACCAUGGACAGUGCUGAGAAGAAAAAACGGGUUGUAUUUAUCUGAAUUAAAAACAUGACCAAGUCGAGUUUAGCACUGCUAAUUUGUACCAUGCUGAAGCAGAGUGAGUCCGCCAGCCAAGAAUGUUAAAAUAAUAUCUAAACAGCCGUCAUUUAUCCAUAAAACUAUGCAAAAGCUGCAGGUGGAGAAGCAGCUGAAAAUAAAUACCACAGAAGUCCACUUUCCAAGGUCAUCAUUGUCACCGACGUCCCACUGGGUGUGAGUUUUCCUUGCCCUUAUGUGGGCCUACCGAGGAUGUCGUAGUGGUUUGUGUUGUGGUUUGUGCAGCCCUUUGAGACACUAGUGAUUUAGGGCUAUAUAAGUAAACAUUGAUUGAUUGAUUGAAAUACUGUACAGUAUUAUUACAUUACUUCAAAAUACUACCACAGUCGUUAGCAGUAUAUUAUAUUGUAUUCAUACAAUAUUUCUUAUCUAAGUUUGUUUUUCUUUUUAAAAGGCAGGUUAAAACUGCUAUUACGGAGGUGGCAAGAACCAAUUAGUGACGAGCGAUGUUGAUUUGGGAUGCAAGUGUUUUGAGUUAAGUGGUCCUUCACAGGAAAAACAAUUAAGCUUGUAAGUUGAGGUACUACUGUAUUUAUUUUUUAAAAAUUGUGAGAUAAAAUAUCGCUACUGAAUAUAAUGCAUUGAUGUAGUACGCCACUGCAGACUACAACCACAGUAUUACGAAUCAUUUCAUUUAAGACCCAAACUGUGUAUUCUCAUCUUUGCAAUGUGUUUUGAUACAGUGCUUGCAUUGGAUCUAACUGUGUACCUAUUAUUGUGUGCUUGAUUUGAAACCAUUUUUGAGUUUUCAUAGUAGGACUAUAGGGAGCCAUCACAAAGCCCUAUACAUUUUUGUUUAGAAGAAAACAAACUUUACUUCAGAAUAAACUACCUCUGUGUCCUGACAUUUUGAGAAAAGCAAGGUUUUUUUUAAAAGGGAGGUGGCCUCCUGGAAUAGGGAAAGCACAGUAGCUUGAGAAAAAGAUGUUUGCAAAUUAUGGCAAAAGAAAAAAAAUAAUGAGAGAGGAAAUAUUCUAGGAUGAGCAGAAAAGUCAAAAUAAUGAGAGAUUUAAAAAAAAAAAUUGUGGAGGGAUAUUGGAGGCCCUGUUGUAUUACAUUCUCUGAGAGGCCACAUUUUGAAGAACCCUGUUUUAAAGGUAACAAUUUAGUUAUACUUAUCUCUGCCAUUGUGUUUGCAUACAUUACAUGUCUGCCUCUCUCUUGCUAUAUGUGUUCAUUUGUAUGAAUGUAUUCAGUUGUCCAGUGUAUUGUAUCUUGUUUACAAAAUAAAGGAUGGAAAAAAAAAAAACA